CCAUCAUGGGCCUCAUGCCGCUCACCAAGGAGGUGGCCAAGGGCAGCAUCGGGCGCGGUGUGCUUCCCGCCGUGGAACUGGCCAUCGAGCAGAUCCGCAACGAGUCGCUCCUGCGCCCCUACUUCCUUGACCUGCGGCUCUACGACACCGAGUGUGAUAAUGCAAAAGGACUGAAAGCCUUCUACGACGCAAUAAAAUACGGGCCGAACCACUUGAUGGUGUUUGGAGGCGUCUGUCCAUCCGUUACAUCCAUCAUCGCCGAGUCCCUCCAAGGCUGGAACCUGGUGCAGCUUUCCUUUGCUGCCACCACGCCUGUUCUAGCUGAUAAGAAAAAAUACCCUUAUUUCUUUCGGACUGUCCCAUCAGAUAACGCGGUGAACCCGGCCAUCCUGAAGCUGCUGAAGCACUACCAGUGGAAGCGGGUGGGCACGCUGACCCAGGACGUGCAGAGGUUCUCCGAGGUGAGGAAUGACCUGACUGGGGUCCUGUAUGGUGAAGACAUCGAGAUUUCAGACACAGAGAGCUUCUCCAAUGAUCCCUGCACCAGUGUCAAAAAACUUAAGGGCAAUGACGUGCGCAUCAUCCUCGGCCAGUUUGACCAGCACAUGGCAGCUAAAGUGUUCUGUUGUGCAUAUGAGGAGAACAUGUAUGGCAGCAAAUACCAAUGGAUCAUCCCAGGCUGGUACGAGUCUUCCUGGUGGGAGCAGGUGCACACGGAAGCCAACUCAUCCCGCUGUCUCCGGAAGCAUCUACUUGCUGCCAUGGAGGGCUACAUCGGUGUGGAUUUUGAACCCCUGAGCUCCAAGCAGAUCAAGACCAUCUCAGGAAAGACUCCACAGCAGUAUGAGAGAGAAUACAACAACAAGCGGUCAGGUGUGGGACCUAGCAAGUUCCACGGCUAUGCCUACGAUGGCAUCUGGGUCAUCGCCAAGACCCUGCAGAGGGCCAUGGAGACAUUGCACGCCAGCAGCCGGCACCAGCGGAUCCAAGACUUCAACUACACAGACCACACGCUGGGCAGGAUCAUCCUCAAUGCCAUGAAUGAGACCAACUUCUUUGGGGUCACGGGUCAAGUUGUAUUCCGGAAUGGGGAACGAAUGGGAACCAUUAAAUUUACUCAAUUUCAAGACAGCAGGGAGGUGAAGGUGGGAGAGUACAACGCUGUUGCCGACACCCUGGAGAUCAUCAAUGACACCAUCAGGUUCCAAGGAUCUGAACCACCAAAAGACAAAACCAUCAUCCUGGAGCAGCUCCGUAAGAUCUCCCUGCCUCUCUACAGCAUCCUCUCUGCCCUCACCAUCCUGGGCAUGAUCAUGGCCAGUGCUUUUCUCUUCUUCAACAUCAAGAAUCGAAAUCAGAAGCUGAUAAAGAUGUCAAGCCCAUAUAUGAACAACCUUAUUAUCCUUGGAGGAAUGCUCUCCUAUGCAUCCAUAUUUCUCUUUGGCCUUGAUGGAUCCUUCGUCUCUGAAAAGACUUUUGAAACACUUUGCACCGUCAGGACCUGGAUUCUCACCGUGGGCUACACGACGGCCUUUGGGGCCAUGUUUGCAAAGACGUGGAGGGUCCAUGCCAUCUUCAAAAAUGUGAAAAUGAAAAAGAAGAUCAUCAAGGACCAGAAGCUGCUUGUGAUCGUGGGGGGCAUGCUGCUGAUCGACCUAUGCAUCCUGAUUUGCUGGCAGGCUGUGGAUCCCCUGAGGAGGACGGUGGAGCGGUACAGCAUGGAGCCGGACCCAGCAGGACGGGACAUCUCCAUCCGGCCUCUCCUGGAGCACUGUGAGAACACCCACAUGACCAUCUGGUUGGGUAUCGUCUAUGCUUACAAGGGGCUUCUCAUGCUGUUCGGUUGUUUCUUAGCUUGGGAGACCCGCAACGUCAGCAUCCCUGCACUCAACGACAGCAAGUACAUCGGGAUGAGUGUCUACAACGUGGGGAUUAUGUGCAUCAUCGGGGCCGCCGUCUCCUUCCUGACCCGGGACCAGCCCAAUGUGCAGUUCUGCAUCGUGGCGCUGGUCAUCAUCUUCUGUAGCACCAUCACCCUCUGCCUGGUGUUUGUGCCAAAGCUCAUCACUCUCAGAACAAACCCAGAUGCAGCAACUCAGAACCGACGAUUCCAGUUCACUCAGAAUCAGAAGAAAGAAGAUUCUAAAACAUCCACCUCAGUCACCAGCGUGAACCAAGCAAGCACAUCCCGCCUGGAGGGCCUGCAGUCAGAAAACCACCGCCUGCGAAUGAAGAUCACAGAGCUGGAUAAAGACUUGGAAGAGGUCACCAUGCAACUGCAGGACACACCCGAAAAGACCACCUACAUUAAACAGAACCACUACCAGGAGCUCAACGACAUCCUCAACUUGGGGAACUUCACCGAGAGCACAGAUGGGGGAAAGGCCAUUUUAAAAAAUCACCUCGAUCAGAAUCCCCAGCUACAGUGGAACACAACAGAGCCCUCUCGAACAUGCAAAGAUCCUAUAGAAGAUAUAAACUCCCCAGAACACAUCCAGCGCCGGCUGUCCCUCCAGCUCCCCAUCCUCCACCACGCCUACCUCCCGUCCAUCGGAGGCGUGGACGCCAGCUGCGUCAGCCCCUGCGUCAGCCCCACCGCCAGCCCCCGCCACAGACACGUGCCACCCUCCUUCCGAGUCAUGGUCUCGGGCCUGUAAGGGUGGGAGGCCUGGGGCCGGGGCCUCGCCCUUGACAGAACCACACGGAGCAGAGGCAUCUGCCACGGGAACCCUGUCGGCUCUGGCUGCGGAGAAGCUGGGCGCCACGCUGGCCUGACGGGACUGCUAGAGGGCACUCAGGUGGACAGGACAGGGGCACUUGGCACGUGACCUCGCGCCUUAUUCGUGACGUUUUUAUCCUUCCACGGAGAAGAGGGACGGAAAUGAUUUCUUCCUUAAUAUCUGCAAACAGGAGGAACUGGGAUAUUGGAAACUUUGUGAAAAGAAAAUCCAGAGGAAGGGUCGCUAGAACGCCAGCUAGCAGUCACUGAGUGGCGCGCAGCCGCCUGGGGAGGGGCGAGGGGCUUCUGAAGAAACCGCCUCGGCCGCUAUGCGCACACAUCACUGGCCGUGGCCCCCCAGGCCAGCCCUUCUCCCCUCUGGGGAAGGAGGUGGACGGGGCAGCCAGGUCCCCCGCUGCCAGUCCAGACAAGCCCAGCCUUCCUGGAGCUGGGAGUCUGCAGGAGGGCCGCCGGGCACAGCACGGGAGCAGCUGCCCCGCAUGCUUCCUGGUGGAAACUUACUCUCUGAUAAAUGCCACACAUUAACACAAUAACACCCGUUCCGGGACCCUGGGGAUUUAGGGCAUGUCACUGCAGACUCGCUCUGUGGCGUUCACACACAGUCGGUCACACACCCACACACUGGCCAUGUCCUCGUGUUUGUAUCAGGUGUUCCUGGUAACCAGGGGGACCACCCGAGCUAAUCACGGAAUGUCUGUUCCCAGCAAACACCAUCCGGAAAGAUUGUGCACUUUAACCUCUCUCACAAGGGCCCAAGGGCUGGCUGGGGUGAUUUUGUUCUAUUCUGUUUUGUUUUGUUUUCUUUCCACUGACUUUGUUUUUGGGAAGGGAAUCUGGGGUAUUCCACUAAAAGACAUCCCUGUCGUCGGGGGUCCCGGGGAGAGGGUUACUGGCUAAGGGCUUCCCCUGGCUUCCAGAAGGCAGCCUUCCAUCCCCAGAGCCAGUGAACUCUGCCCUUGAGGACCACAGGGGUGCGCAGACAGCACACUGAUUCUCACACAUAAGACCUCCCUUUUCCCUUUUCAUCAAACCCCCAAGAGUCAGACUAACCUGGGUUCAGUCCUCCCUCCACUGCUGACUUCCACUGUGACCUCGGGCAAGUCACUGGUGUCUCGCUGAGCCUCGGUGUCCCCUCCCUAACAAACUGGGGUUGAAAUAACACCCGUCCUGCCUACCUCACUGGGUCACUCUGAGAAUCAAAAUGUGAUCUCAUCCAGGAAAGCUUCAUACCGAACAGUGAAGCAGCCUGACCCGUGAGGUAUCAGUGUCACUCCGACCUUCAGCCCUCAGGACAGCCCAGGGGGUGGCCAGAGAAACCCCCAGCACAGCCCCCCACCACACCCUCUGGGCUGCAGAGAGACUCCUGAGGGCUUUGUGACAUUCCUAAACAGGUUCAUUCUUUGCUGAAGAAAGGCCCGAAUGUCAAGGUCCAGGACUUUGGCACAGCCAGGCAGCCACUCCCUCCCUAAAGAAACCUAACGGCAGCUUCAACAGGCAGGCAAUAAUCUCUUCCCAGACCACUGAUGUCAGGAACACGCUGCUGUCACCAACCAGACUUCAACAAAAGGGCCCACGGGAAUCUCACCACCGCCAACAUUUCAGAACACCUUAUUUCAUGUAGCAUAGCUUUCCCCUCCCCCCUCCCCCAAAGAGAGGUUAUGGAGGUACCAUACGUAGCUUUUAGGGAAAAGAACAUUGAUAACACAUCAUAGGUCAAGUUGAAGUCAUUCUCUGUGUAGGCACUAAACACCGGUGUUGUCACUCCCUGUGUCUCACCAGUAUUUAUCUGCCCUCUUGAUUUCCCCAAAACCAGACUUAAUUUAAAGGAGCCCAUUCAUUUUGCAAAAGGAAAGAGGCAAUUCAUUGUACAUAAUGUAUACACACACGCGUGUGCCCUCGCACACACACACACACGCAAGAAAAAUACCCAUAGAAAUAAUUAUUCCAGCAUCGCAGAAAAAAACAAAAAGCUUAAGUAUUGGACCACUGGAGGCGAGUGUGUGCGUCGUGACUUACGUGACUCCCGAACGUGCCGUCUCCUAGGUUAACACACAAAGUACAUCCUCUGUCUUAAUGAUACUGUAGGUUCACCCAUUUUAUAUUUAAUUUCCUGGAAAAAUAACAAGACCCACAGAAGUGACUCUAGCUAUUUAACGGUUCUGUUCUUUUAUAUGCAGCAAACACACCGUACAUUUCCGAAGAGACUUCAGCCUGAAGGCAUUUUCCAAUGAUGUUAGUGCACAAAUGCUUUAAAUUAGACUGGAACUGCCAGAAUCCAAUGUAAAUGAGGAAUUUCUCGUACCCUUAUUGCAUGGUAUCGAUUUUUAAUAAAUUGUUGCAAAUUUGUUUUUAUGAAUAAAUGAAAAGGACUGUCAUCUUUAA